GAGCAGUCGCUGAAGCGAGCGGACACUGUGUCCCUGCUGCCUGUUCUUUUUUUUUUUCUUUCUUUUCAUCUCUCCGUCUCUUCUCUCCUCUCCGCGAUAGAGCUCUUUCCUCCUGUCAUCCUGAAGCGUUGGGGUAAUUAACAGCUCUGUGGGACAGGAACUGCUCUCCUUUUUAUAGACACGAUUUUGCCAGGCACUGACGCUCACUCAGCACUCGGGAUGAAUGGACGGGGAACGCUCGCACUGCCACCAGGCAACUGGGGAUUCCUCUGAGUGAGGAAGUGGGAUUUCUGAUUUUCUUUCCUGGACUUUGCAGAGUGGAUAAUCUCAUUUCUGUUUGGACACAUUUCUUUCUAACAGAAAAACUCUGAGGAGGAUUUAGUCUGUCCUUCAUGAUGUAAAGAGCUGAGGCUGUUGGGUUCUAGGAAACAGGUGGCAUUCGUGGGGUUUUAAACCCCUCCCACUGCAUGUUGGGGAGCUCAUCUCAGCCCCCUGCUGAGAUCCAGCAGGAGCAGACAGGACCGGACACAUUACACACACAGCUUCAAUCAAGCUGCGGAUCAGGUGCAAACUGCAAGUCUGUCACGUCAAAUCUGGUAACACGUUCACACUCGCAGACCUAGCCGGGACUUACAUGAGUUCACGAGGAGUCUUGCUGAGUGGUCGCAGGUUUUCCAUCUCGAUGUGAGGCAGAAGAAGAUGCCAGCUCUCUUGGUCUCCUCAAAGAUGAAGUCCGGACUCCCCAAACCUAAACCGGUGCACAGCGCCCUGCCGAUCCCCCAGACCCAUACAAGGCCAACAGCUCUGGCUCUGACUCCAGCACCCACUAAGACCCACAUCCCCCUGCUGGGCCAGCAGGCGAGCUCAGGAUCCCCGAGGAGAAUGGCAUCACAUUCAGGAAGCCCUCAGAUCUACACGGACUGGGCCAACCACUACCUUGCCAAGUCCGGACACAAGCGUCUGAUCAAGGACCUGCAAACGGACGUCACAGACGGUGUGCUGCUGGCUGAGAUCAUUCAGGUCGUAGCCAAUGAGAAGAUCGACGACAUCAAUGGCUGUCCAAAGAGCCGUUCUCAGAUGAUUGAGAACAUCGAUGCCUGCCUCAGUUUUCUGGCAGCCAAAGGAGUCAACAUCCAGGGUCUGUCUGCAGAGGAGAUUCGGAAUGGUAAUCUGAAAGCCAUCCUCGGCCUCUUCUUCAGCUUGUCUCGCUACAAACAGCAGCAGCAGCAGGCCCACCGGCAGAACUCCCAGCCCUCUCUCUCCUCCAGCGCCCAGUCUCAGAGCGCACACCCUCCCCUGAGCCAUCAGAGCAGCGCCCCCGCACAGCUCAGCCACUCUCCGCAUGGGACUCCUGCCGCCACAGCCCAGAAAGCAGCACAGGCCGAGAUGCAGUCCAGACUUCCCGGCCCCUCGGCGAGGGUGUCCACUGCCGGCGGUGACAUCCCUCCCAGAGGCUCGGUCAGUGCUGCUGGGAACCGACGCAGUCAGGGCUUCAGCGACAAGACCAAAGCCAACUCACACCUGAACAGAGAUUCCUCAGAGGGCUUGACCUCACAGCCUUCGGUGAUGACUGAGCAUGCUCCGUCGUCCGCACUGACCGUCAGCUCCUCCACCAGCAUCCCAGCUGCUACCUCCGCCCUGAGUCCUCCCCCGUCUUCGUCGUCCUCCUCGUCGUCUACAGCCAUCCCCCAGCCCAACAGCAACAGCAAGCCCUGGAGGAGCAAAUCCAUGAGCUCUAAGAGCGCCUCCUCUCCUUCCACCAGCACCCCGGCGUUGUCCGCCAUGCAGUCAGUAAAGCAGGAGAAGGAGUCCUCCAGUAAGGCUGCACCAGCGAGUGACGCUCCUCCCAAGGUUGUCGCUCAGAAGUCGAUGCUGGAGAAGCUGAAGCUCUUUAACAGUAAGGGAAGCUCCAAAUCUUCCAGCUCCUCCAAUGGAGUCGGGGCUCAGACUGACAAUGCUGCCCUAGCCAGGCAGCUCAGUGCGGGGCAGGUGGAGAGAGCUGAGACAGGCUCCAACACCGACCCCCUGGAGGACGAUGACGGCAACGCACGGCCGGGAAUGAACGGUGCCAGUAAUGGGGCGGCUUACGGGUCUGCGCCCUCAGCAGGUACGACUGUCGCCACGACCGCCAGCAGCCCCAAAAUCGCCCUGAGGGGCAUUGCCCAGCGCACUUUCAGCAGAGCUUUAACUGCCAAGAAGAGCUCCGUCAAAGGCACGGAGAAAGAGAAGGACAGAGGGAAGGACAAGGAGAAAGGGAAGGAGGCGGGGAAACGUGUCUCAGUCCCUGACAGGACAGAGCUCAGGGGGGAGGAGCCUAAAGAGGAAGCGGCACCUGUAGCUGCAGACACAGACAGUUCGAGCAAAAGGACCUCUAAAAUCACCAGCUUCAUUCCCAAGGGGGGUAAAGUGGCCAAAAAGGAGAGCUCCACCCCUGCACACAGCGGAAUACCAAAGCCAGGAAGUAAAGGAGUCGGAGGGAAAGCUUCCUCAGCGAAGGAGGCGGGGGAGAGGCCUCGGAGCAUGCGGCUAGGAGGGGGUCUGGUCAUGCACCGCAGCGCCCUGGACAGAGACAGAGACAGAGACAGAGACAGCAGACACUCCAGCUCCACUUCCAGCCUGGCCUCCACCGAGGGAGGAAAAAGCAGCGCCGCCACGGUGGCAGGAGGAGGCACUACACAGAGCACAGCCAGCAACACUGUCAGCGUGCAGCUACCUCAGACUCAACAGCACCACAGCCACCCCAACACGGCCACCGUCGCACCUUUCAUGUACAGGUCCCAAACUGAUGGCGAGGGGACGGCGAACACCGAGACCGGCUCAGGAGGAAUAGGAGGGGACGUCUCCUUCACCAAGAGCGGCCAGCUCUCCAUCGAGGACCUAUCAGGGGAGGACCCAGAGACGAGGCGGUUACGUACGGUAAAAAACAUCGCUGACCUGCGGCAAAACCUGGAGGAAACCAUGUCCAGCUUGCGGGGAACUCAGGUCUCACACAGCACCUUGGAAACCACGUUUGAUGGCAACGUCACUACAGACGUCAACAGCGGUGGAGGAGGCAGCAAUAACAGCGCGGGGGGUCGGAGCAUCCUCAGCCUCACUUCCACCCGCCCCUCCCUGUCGUCAUGGCGACUGGGUCAGUCCAGCCCUCGCCUGCAGGCGGGCGAUGCCCCCUCUAUGGCGAACAGUUACGGGGGCCGGGCGGCGGCCGGGCAGGGAGGGCGCUACCUCUACCCCGGGCAUCUCAGACGGCAGCUGGCUGGCCGGGGAGGAGCCCUCUGCAGCGUGGACCUCGGAGACAGAGCCGGAGACGACAUGGACCUGGACAGCAUCUCCAUGGAGGUCACAGGAUACAUGAGCGACGGCGACGUGCUGACCAAGAACGCAGCACGCGCUGAUGAUGUCACCAGUGGCUACUUGACUGACGGAGGGUUGGGACUGUACACGCGGCGCCUUAACCGCCUCCCGGACAGCAUGGCCGCCGUCAGAGAGACGCUCCAUCGGAACACGUCGUCGGGACAGGGAGAUGCUGACAGCUGGGAUGACAGCAGCUCGGUGAGCAGUGGCAUCAGUGACAACAUCGACACAGAUGACAUCAACACCAGCUCCUCCAUCUCCUCCUACGCCAACACGCCCGCUGCACAGCGCAAAGGCCUCAACGCACAGCCUGUGACGGAUGCAGAGAAGCACUCGGCCUCCACAGCGGUGCACCAGGUCUGGUCAGGAGACGAGGUGAAGAGGCCAGACGGCGGGUCAGACAGCGGGGUCAGGAUGGAGACAGGCUCCAAGUGGGGCCGCCGGAACCCCUCAGACAUUUCUGAUGAGUCCGACAAGGGCGGCUCGGGGAGGAAGACCCCCUCUGUGUCCCACACGGGCUCCUGGAGGAGAGGAAUGAGCACUCAGGUGGGGGUGACUUCCCCCCGGACUAAAAGCACCAGUAGCACAGGCUCCACAAGCUCUGCCGGCCUGAAGACCCACAGUUCAGGUAAGACGGAUGACGUCAAGGUCUCAGAAAAGGGUCGCCUCUCUCCUCGCCCUAACGGCCUGCACCGCUCGCCCUCAGACACAGGACGCAGCAGUGGCGACGAGGCAAAGAAACAAUCGCUCUCCUCCGGCCGCACGGCGAACACACACGCCCUCACGCACACCGUCUCAGACCCUCACUCCCAGACACACACACUGGCGUCACGCACCCCGACCAGCACCUUUGGCUUCAAGAAGCAGGGCACUGGGAUGGUUACCAUGGUUACUGCGAGCGGUGCCACCAUCACAAGUGGCUCUGCCACCCUGGGGAAGAUGCCCAAAUCUGGGGGACGCUCCCUGACAGGAGGGUUGAAGUCGGGUGGGCAGGACGGAGGGUCAGCGCUGGGUCACCAUGACGACGGCUUCCUCCCCAUGAGCGCCCGCUCCACUCUGCAGUACCGCAGCCUGCCAAGACCCAGCCGCUCGGGAGCAGCUGCUCGCAACGGAAACCGCUCCUCCACCAGCAGCAUCGAGGCCGCCGUGCUGUCUGUCACGUCUCACGGCAAAAACUCACUCAGCAUCACCAAGACGAAUGGCUCUGGUGUUCUGCUGGCCAAUCAGACGGAUCGGGAGAAAGGCGUCUCGGAGAUCGACAACCUCAGGAGCGGAGUUGUGAUGCAGGGCGGGGGAGCUGCGACUGUCCCUCUGACAGGGAGACAGCAGGUUUCUUCACCGACACUUCGCAGGUUAUUCGGUGGGAAGCCCAGCAAACAGGCUCCGGUCACCACGGCGGAAAACAUGAAGAACUCCACUGUUAUCUCCAACCCCCACGCCACCAUGAACCAUGUGACCACGGUGCUGGAGUCUCCUGACGGGGGGCUGGGAGGAGGGGACGGCGAGACCAACAGCCUCCUGUUUGGAGGCAGACUGCAGGGAUCGGGGAUGGGGACGCUGGGCAGCGAGCAGGCCUCCAGUCCCGGCUCAGUCUACUCCUCCACCGGCCCCUCCAACAGCCUGACGUGGGGCACCACCUUCAGCAGCUCCUCCGCGCAGAGCAGAGAGAGCACGCUGGGGGGGCACGGCGGGGCGGGCAGCAUGGGAUUCCCCUCAGUCAGCAGCAUGCACACCAGCAGCGAGUCCAUCGACAUGAGCCUGGGCAGCGGCUGCCACGGGACCCACCGGGAAGACACCCUGUCUGCGCUCGGUCGCACCGGCAGCGUGAAGACCGGCAUGUCUGAGAGUCCCCUCUCCUCCCCCUCUGCUAGUCCUAUAUUCAGCCGAAACACGCUGCCUCGGAAGCAGGACAGCGGGACUCACUGUGGUAGAAACACUCUGCCUAAGAAAGGACUCAGGUACGGGCCGUCCCCUCAGCUGCGGAGCCACGAGGAGGCGCGUGAUUGGCUGCGCUCCCACUCCACCAGCGGGCUCCAGGACUCGGCCAGUAACUCCCCGUUCUCCCCCGGCUCCAGCCUCACCUCCCCCUCCGGCACCCGCUUCAACUUCGGACAGCUCGCUUCCAGCCCGACCUCAGCGGCUCAGAUCAACCUCGCCAGCAUGCGCAACAACAGCCUGACCAAUCAGGACGCCUCCUUUGACCCGUGCGGCGACAACCGCCUGAGAAACUCGUGCAUGUCACUCGACGAGAAGACGCGCACCAUGAGCAGGUCGGGCUCCUUCAGGGACGGCUUCGAGGAAGUUCACGGAUCAUCUCUGUCUCUGGUCUCCAGCACGUCUUCCAUUUACUCCACUAACGAGGAGAAGUCACAGUCGGAGAUCCGCAAGCUGCGCAGGGAGCUGGACGCCUCCCAGGAAAAGGUUUCCGCCCUGACGACACAACUGAGCGCCAAUGCUCACCUGGUGGCAGCGUUUGAACAGAGUCUGGGCAACAUGACCAUCAGACUGAAGAGUCUCACCUUGACGGCAGAGCAGAAGGACUCGGAGCUGAAUGAGUUGAGGAAGACCAUCGAGCUGCUGAAGAAGCAGAACGCUGUUGCUCAGGCUGCCAUCAACGGCGUCAUCAACACACCUGAGCUCACGCAUAAAGGAGACAGGACAGCCGGCAGUAACGGCAGUCCUCAGCAGCAUCAUCAUCAGCAGCAUCAGCAGCCUGACCUGCGCAUCAGGCGGCAGCACUCGUCCGACAGCGUCAGCAGCAUCACCAGCGCCACCAGCCACUCCAGUGUGGGCUCCAACAUGGACGCCGACGCUAAAAACAAGAAGAAGAACAAGAAGAACUGGCUGAGGAGCUCCUUCAAACAAGCGUUCAGCAAGAAGAAGUCUCCCAAGUCGGCCUCGUCUCACUCUGACAUCGAGGAGAUGACCGACUCGUCGCUGCCGUCGUCGCCCAAACUGCCUCACAACGGCUCUGCGGCCUCCAGCCACAUGCUCAGGAACACACACUCCAACUCUCUGUUGUCCGAGUGUUUGGACAGCGAGGCGGAGACGGUGAUGCAGCUGCGCAGUGAGCUCAGGGAGAAAGAGAUGAAGCUCACGGAUAUCCGGCUGGAGGCUCUGAGCUCCGCCCAUCAGCUGGACCAGCUCAGGGAGGCCAUGAACCGCAUGCAGCUGGAGAUCGAGAAGCUGAAGUCAGAGAAUGACCGUCUGAAGGUGGAGAAUCAUGGCAGCAGGAUGGGCUCCCAGGCCUCCAUCUCAUCCUCUCCUCCUCCUCACACACACAGCCAGGCCCAGGGGAGCGGGCCGGCUCUGUCCCAGCACAGCCUCAACCUGACCACCAGCGAGUCCACCAGCCUGGACAUGCUGCUGGACGACACCGGGGGAGAAGGAGGGAUGAGGAAGGAGGGCCGACACGUGAAGAUGGUCGUCAGUCUGGACGAGGCCAGCAAGUGGGGAGAGGAGGGUCGGACUCGUCAUUUUCUGAUUGGUUGCAUCGGCGUGAGCGGUAAAACCAAGUGGGACGUCCUGGAUGGAGUGGUCCGACGCCUUUUCAAGGAGUACAUCACCCACGUGGACCCCCUGAGUCAGCUGGGCCUGAGCUCAGACAGCGUGGAGGGAUACAACAUCGGAGAAAUCCAUCGACCCAGCUGCCUCAGCGCCGCCCAGACGCCCGAGCUACUGCCCUGCGGGUACCUGGUGGGAGACAGCAACACCAUCAACAUCCAGCUCAAAGGCGUGAGCACUGAGAACGUGGACUCUCUGGUGUUCGACACUCUGAUCCCGAAGCCGAUGCUGCAGCGCUACGUCUCCCUGCUGAAGGAGCACCGACGCGUCAUCCUGUCGGGCCCCAGCGGCACAGGAAAGACCUACUUGGCCAAUCAGCUGUCUCGACACCUGCUGCUCCUCGAGGGCCGGCCUCUGACCCCGCACGCUGUCGUCACGUUCAAUGUGGACCACAAGUCCAGCAAGGAGUUGCGUCAGUACCUCUCCGGUCUGGCUGAGCAGUGCAGCGGCGUCCCGGGGACAGAGAGCCCUCUAGUGGUCAUUCUGGACAACCUGCAUCAUGUCAGCUCCCUGGGAGAGAUCUUCAACGGCGUCUUCAACUGCACCUACCAGCACUGCCCGUAUAUAAUCGGCACCAUGAGCCAAGCGACGUCAUCUGCCCCCAACCUGCAGCUCCACCACAACUUCAGGUGGGUGCUGUGUGCGAACCACAUGGAGCCCGUGAAGGGUUUCCUGGGUCGAUACCUGAGGAGGAAGCUGAUCGAGACGGAGAUCGGCAGCCGGACGCGGAACAUGGAGCUGGUGAAGAUCAUCGACUGGAUCCCGCGAGUUUGGCACCACCUGAACCGCUUCCUGGAGACACACAGCUCCUCUGACGUCACCAUCGGACCUCGCCUCUUUCUGUCCUGUCCCAUGGACGUGGAGGGAUCUAGAGUUUGGUUCACCGACCUCUGGAACUACUCCAUCAUCCCGUACAUGCUGGAGGCUGUCCGAGAGGGACUGCAGCUGUAUGGCCGCAGGGCUGCGUGGGAGGACCCUGCUGCCUGGGUGAUCGACACUUACCCGUGGUCGGCCGCGCCAACCCCUUCUGAAUGGCCCCCACUGCUGCAGCUCCGCCCAGAGGACGUGGGGUUCGAUGGUUACUCUGCUCCAAGGGAAGGGCUCAGGAAAGAGCCCCCGCAGAGCGACAGCGACGCAGACCCACUGAUGAACAUGUUGAUGCGUCUGAAGGAGGCGGCUACGUCGUCGAGCCCGCAGAGCUACGACAGCGACUCCAACAGCAACAGCCACCAGGACGACAUCCUGGACUCGUCGCUGGAGUCGACCUUGUGAUGUCACAACGCUACACUGGGAUCCGUUUUCAGGAGGAACUUUAUCAGAAGAACUGUCUCUGCUGUGAGAAUUUCACGCCACAAAAUCCAGCCAACCUUAAUUUUGGGUGCAGGUAACCCAAAUAUUUAAUAAGGGGAAAAAAACAGACAAAAGGAAAGAUUUUACUGCACUGGGCUGCAUUUUUUUUUUCUUCACCGCUGUGGCCCGUGGCUCCUCAUUUGUCAGGAGCCUGACUUCUACUUCAGAAUUUAAAGCACACAGCCUGUCGCUGUCAGUGAGCAUCAUCAUCAUCAUCAUCAUCAUCAUCAUCAUCAUCAUCAGCAAACACCAGCCAGGAGUCCUCCAGCCUCCCCUGAGUGCAGUGCACCCGAGCUGCCUGCAGAUGGCGACACAGAGCCUUGCAGCAGUGAGGUAACCGCUGCUGAGAACACAAAUCAGUGCUGCUGCUGCUGGCGGGUUGUGAUGGAUGGAUCAACACUCAGCUGCUUUCUGCUCCUCCUCAGCCUGAAGUUAUCUGUGACACUCCUGGAGGGUAAACCGAGCCAAAGUGAAUGUUAAGUCCUGCAGCAUUUCUAUUCACACUUUGAGAACCUCCACAAAGAGAUCACAGCUCCAGAUGCUGUUUGAUUUGAUGUCACUCAGAUCCGAACUACACAUCCAUGCCGAGUUUCUGAGCUGAAAAAAACCUUAGAAGUAAUGGUCAGCGACGGAGGUACGCGUCCACGGAGAGUAAAUACAAGAGCAGGAAUAAUAAAUAAUGCAUACCAAAUACAUGAAAUAUCUUUAUUCAAAAGAGAACUGGGACACAUUUGUUUUUGUUUGCAAUCAAACAAGAAGAAGUCAAAGAGCAAACUUUGUGCAUUGCAAGUGAUUCAUGUUUUGUUGAAUUUUAAAUGAAAACUUGGAUUACUUAAAAAAAACACUAAUUUUUAGACAUGUGAUACAUUUGAAAAUCACAGAAAUAAUAAUUUAAAGUUUUUUUCCUCGUGGUUAACCUGAACAUUGUGUCGUCUCUUUCUUGGUUAAAGUGACAAUUUUCAUGAUAUAUGGCAAUAAUGGCAACAUUUCAGAUUCAAAAGAGCAAUCCGAACACAAAUUAAACUUUCAGAUUUUCAAAGAAUGUUCUUAUUUGGAAAAGUUUUUUGUUGCAAGUGCAUUCAGUUUUGCUCUUUAAACCAGUCGGUGUGGUUGCAUAAUAAUUUGUGCAAAAGAAGCCUCAUAAAAGAGUGAGCGGGGAAUGCAAUUCCAUAAUGUAAACAUGUAAACAACGACAGUUAAGCAACACAUUCAAUGCCAAAAUUGAUGUAAAUAUCUGAAAGCUAAGGAGAAUCUUUGUCUCCGGUUGGUCAAAAAUGUGCACCACACUCCCUCCUAACACUCUGUAGGACUUCGAUCCUGCCUCAGAGCUCAGUGAAAAAAAGCAGAACGACACAAAUUGCAAAAAGUUCAACUGUAGACCCAAGCACAAGUCACACCUGCUGAAAAUAAAGAAAGUGUUUCUCAUCUGGUACAACAUCUGUAGCUCUUUCAAAGGCCAGGCAACGAUGAAACGGCCUUGACUCAGAUUGAAACAUUCACAAUGGCUGGAUUUAUCCUUUGACUCUCCGAUGUCUUUUCUGUCUCCACCACAUCGCUUUAACCGCUUAAUAAACCUUUGUGGUCUCCACGCACAUUUGGCCCAAACAGGCUGUUGUAGCACAAAUAUUAAAUGGUGCUGGACUGAUUUUUUUUUUUUUUUAAACAAUGCCUUACUCUUUUCUAACAGACUAUGUGCAUUACGCUGAUUCUUUAUUCGUCUAAGUGGCUGUAAACUAAACAGGGCUGCGAGGUCGACCUCUCAUCAUAUCAAACACCGACGCCGUGGGCUUGGGACGCGAAUGAGAAGCAGUACUUUGUUUUUUUUUUUAAAUAUUAAGUUGUAUGCAUGAAUGACCCAGUGCUGUGAAGCUGGUGUAAAUAUUUGGACCACUAGAGAGAGGAAGACAGAAAAGAUAUAUAUGUGAUGUGUUUUGAUGCUUGAGAUGAGAAUAUUUGACUGAUGAGGGAAGAUUAAAAACGUGUUGAUUUUAUACCUCAUCCCCAUCCUGUACUGUGCUUUGAUCAGAGUCUCUUUUGAUUAUGUGAUUUGUGAGGAACAAAAUGUCAUAAAUUGGACUAAUUAAGUGAAAACUAGCAUACAUGCUUCUUUGUGUAUAUUCAUAUAAUUAAGGUAUGGAGGUACAUGUGGUUGACUGAUGAUGUAAAAGGGUUCAAAGUCAUUUCUGUGGCUUAAAAAAGAAAGAAAACAGACUUUUUCUUUGUUUUAAAGCUCCCAGCUUGCCCUUCAGGAACGGUGAGCUCAAGUUUAAAGCCGGGGUGGGUCAUACAUUGCUUCAGUGUUUUUGUCACAGAUCCUAUGCAACAUUCAUUCUGAUCCCCAAAAGGAAGCCAAAAGCUGCAUGUGCGUUUGUCCAGCACUGCCGAGAUGUACAGCAAGGAUCCAGACUUGUGCAGACUUAAUUUGGAUUUGUCGUCCAUUCAUGUGUCUGUGUGUUUUAUUUUCUCGAGGUUCUCCUGCUGCGGUCCUUGUAAGCACAAAGAGACUGAAUCUGCUGUCUGUCUCGUGUAACGCCCGCUCUCAGACGAGCGGGUGUCUUUGAAGCAUUUGAAACAGUAUGUCAGUUUAUUACUCACAAACUCAAUGAAUGUUUAGCCUUCUUUGCUAUGUACAUUUUUGAUAUGUAACAUAACUUUGUAUAUAGUUGAUUAUCUUGGAACAUUUGAUGACUUUUUUCUAGCUGAUUUGUAACAGUACUUGAAAAAAGAGUAUUUUGUGUACAGUCUCUUUACAUCAGAGCAGAUCGGUGCCGUUUGUCACACCUGGUCUGUCCAGGGCUCGUUGAAUUAAAUCUAUCACUGUACUAGUCUUAAGUUAUUGUGAUUCAAUAAAAUUAAUAAUUAUUUAUGAAUGAA